AUGUUCAGACAGUCCCAUCUCUGUAGGAAACCCGGGUCUUAAGUGUUUUUAGCUUAGGGCCUUGCUUUGCUCUGAGCUUCUGGAUUCAGGAUGAUUGUGGGCUUACAUUUCAGCACCUCUCAGGACACAGGAGGAUUUCAGCUCGGGUCUUCUAGAUGAUAAUAGCCAGGAGGAGCUGUCUGAUGGCGAGAAUUUCAAGCCCCAGUUAAGGUGCCUCGGAAGGGGAGCAUUGAACCGAGAAAUCUGGUACUCCACGACCUUGCACGUAGGAGCCACUCAAAAGUGUUUGCUGAACUUAAUACAAGGAGACAGUGUGCUCUCAUGGGGGAAAAAAAAAAAAUCCCGAACACGCCCCUCUGCCAUUUCUGCGAUGCCUCCCCCGGGCCGCGCGGUGGCGCUGUGGUUCCGCAGAGGCCGGGUGAUGCGGGGCGCGCCGGGGCGCGCGGGCUUCCGGGGACCCUCAGAGCGGCGGCGGCGACGCGCGGGGCAGCGGCGGCUCUCCCACCUGUCACCCUGGCCCUUCUCUGCUUGGACGGCGUCUUCCUCUCCUCCGCCGAAAAUGACUUUGUGCACCGCAUCCAGGAGGAGCUGGACCGCUUUCUGCUGCAGAAGCAACUGUCAAAGGUGCUUCUUUUCCCCCCACUCUCCAGUCGCCUACGGUACCUGAUCCACAGGACAGCAGAGAAUUUUGAUCUUCUGAGCAGCUUCUCUGUUGGGGAGGGCUGGAGGAGGAGGACAGUCAUCUGUCACUUGGAUAUCAGGUUACCCAGUUCAGAUGGACUCUCUGGCCCCGGCCACCCUCCUGCCUCCCAGCUUAGCAAGUUCCAAGGUGCCCGGCCCACCUCAAACCAAGGAGCACCUGUGGGUCUUCAGGGGGCACGGGCUGGCCGGUGGCAUCGUGGACGCAAACCAGACCAGGCUUUGUAUGUGCCCCGAGUGCUGCGCAGGCAAGGAAAAGGGGUACCACCCUCUACCCUAGGGCUCAAGGGAGACCCUCCAGCUGGCGGGCUCCCAGAAGAACCUGGAAAUGUUGGUGCUGGGGACCUCAGCUCUGAACAGGACCUCCCUGUGUUGAUGACUCAGGCACCUGAGGACCCAGAGGGCCCAGACCAACACUGUGACAAUGAGCAGCUACCGGACCCACUUGGCGUUGAGUCCCCAAUGCCCGAGAGCCACUCAGGGAUGGGAGAUGGGUUGGAGAUGGCCACACGGCUGGGGUCCAGUCUGCGGCUGGACUUGGAAGAGGGGAACGGGAAUGAGGUGGAGAAGAGCCUGGCGGCAGAGGAGGAAGAGGAAGAAGCAGAAGAGGAGGGGUCUGGCAGCUGCUCCUGGGACGAUUACAGUGAGCUGCUACAGGAGAUAACAGACAACCUGACGGAGAAGGACAUUCAGGUAGAGAAGAUCCAUGUGGACACGUCCUCCUUCGUGGAGGAACUGCCUGGAGAGAAGGAUUUUGCCCAUGUGGUGGAGAUCUACGACUUUGAGCCAACACUCAAGACUGAGGACCUGCUGGCCGCCUUUUCUGAGUUCCAAGAGAAGGGGCUCAAGAUUCAGUGGGUAGAUGACACGCACGCGCUCGGUGUCUUUCCCUGCCUGGCCUCAGCCGCUGAAGCCCUGACCAAGGAUUUUUCUGUGCUCAAGAUCCGGCCCCUCACUCAGGGAACCAAGCAGUCAAAGCUGAAAGCCUUGCAGAGGCCAAGUGUUGCUCAGGGAAAAGCUUGGUCUUUCCUAUGGGGCCCUGGAAACCAUAUUUUACAGUGGGUUAAGAAGAGCUUGGAUUUUGGGGUCAGCCCUGUGUGAUCCUGCUUCUGGCACCUCUUCAAAUUGACCUUGAGCAAGUCACCUAUUAUCUGUGAGCUGAUUCUUUUCUCUCUAGAGUAAGCAGAUUGUACUGGGUGGACUGGAGGAGUGAAUAGAACAGCCUGACGGGACACCUGGGUGGCUCAAUGGGUUAAGCCUCUGCCUUCAGCUCAGGUCAUGGUCUCGGGGUCCUGGGAUCGAGCCCCGCAUCGGGCUCCCUGCUCAGUGGGGAGCCUGCUUCCUCCUCUCUCUGCCUGCCUCUCUGCCCACUUGUGAUCUCUCUUUGUCAAAUAAGUAAAUAAAAUAUUAAAAAAAAAAAAAAAGAGCAGCCUGACAGACCUGCCUGGGGCAUUGAGGGGUACACAGAAGGUACCAGAUAAAUGAUCACUCCUCCUUUUUCCUCUUGUCCUUCCCAAAUGCAUGAUGGAGGAUGUUGGAGGCCAGUUUUCUGUGGCUGCAAAGUGGCUGGCCAGACUGGCCCGGAAUAGGUCUCCUGAGGCCACCUAAUGCUCUUGUGUCCCGUGUAACCUUUGCCCCAGACUUGGGGACAGUAAAUAUCCUGUCAGUCCAAGAGCUCCAGGUGUCCCAUCUUGACUUGACUUCCCUUCCCGGUGGCCCAAUCAGGGAAGAGGCAGAGGUGGCUGAUUUAGGCUAGGACCCCAUGGGCAUCUGGCCAUGCUGUGGGGACAGCUGGGCAUUAGAGGCUGCUGUGUC